AAAGCCGAGACUGGAUCCUAAUUGUGCUUGAAUAAUAGCUGAUCUGUUGAUUCUGCCCUCUGAUUUCAUUUCAUUUCUUUGUAUUCAAGAUGGUUCUGCAUAAUCCAAACAACUGGCACUGGGUUGAUAAGAACUGCGUAGAAUGGUCCAAGACGUAUUUCAAGGAAAAGCUGGUCGGCACCACCGCCUCUGAUUCGACCUCCACUGCCACAAUCACCAGCCUAAACUCACUCACCGGCGACGUCGACGUCAAUCAGCGAAAGGGCAAGGUCAUCUCUUUAUUCGACGUCAAGAUCGUCGUCGAUUUCGAGGGCAAGGUCGGCGACGAGGAGGUCAAGGGAACAAUCUCCGUCCCUGAGGUGGCGUACGAUACCGAGGAAGACGAGUAUGUGUUUGAUAUCAGCAUAACAGGCGAGACGCGAGAGAAGAUGCCGAUGAGAGCCUUCGUUCGUGAUCACCUCGUUCCUCUGCUGCGGACCAAGCUGGCGGCCUUUGGUCCUGAUCUCAUUGAAGUCCACGGCAAGGACAUCCAGCACCCCGUCACCGAAAACAAGUCGGUCUUCACCGCCUCGAACCAGACCGCAAAGCCAAUCACCCGGCCAUCGACAUCUUCCUCCUCCUCCUCCUCUGCCCAAAAAUCCUCCUCGGCCGCAUACAACACCACCACCCUCCGCCUCGACCCGGUCUUCAACACCUCCGCCGCAGAGCUCUACACAACUUUCCUCGACCCGGGCCGAGUAUCGGCCUGGACGCGGUCGCCGCCGGUCAAGUUCGCGCCGGAGAAGGGCGGCGAGUACGCGCUGUUUGGCGGGAACGUGUCGGGCAAGUUCUUGGAGCUGGUCGAGAAUAAGUCGAUUGAGAUGUCGUGGCGGUUGAAGGACUGGAAGCCUGAGCAUUUCGCAAACUUGAAGAUUGUUUUUGAUCAGGGACAGGGCGAGACGAAGGCUGUCGUUACCUGGAAGGGCGUGCCGGUCGGACAGGAGGACGUCACAAAGCACAACUUCGAGGAAUAUUAUGUUAAAUCAAUCAAGAUGACGUUUGGAUUCGGCGCUGUGUUGUAGAUAUGUUUAAUAGUAUGAGUGCAACGGAGAAGUUUGUCUCGCGUUUGCUGGAUGGAGGGUUGGGAACGGUGUUUGUGAAUGCAAGAUUGCGAAAAGGCUUUUUAUAGCAUUAAUAAACAGACAUUAAUGAGCAAUGUUUAAUGGAAAGCUUUU